AUGGAUUCAAAUAAAAACGUAACAAGUUUCAAUCGCUUAGAAGCAUCGAUUCAAUAUUAUCUUGAUCGUAUAACGCCGUAUACUAAUAGUCGAUGGAUAUUCAAUUUAUUUUUAUUAUUUAUUUUUUUCUUUCGAAUCAUUUAUAUCGAAGGUUUUUAUAUAAUAGCAUAUGGUCUUGGAAUAUUUUUACUUAAUCAAUUGAUACUUUUUUUAACACCCAAACUUGAUCCAUCAUCACGCAACACUGAUGAAGAUGGUGAUGAAUUAAAUUUGCCAACAAGAUCAACGGAUGAAUUUCGACCAUUUAUUCGUCGUUUACCAGAAUUUAAAUUUUGGUACAUAAUGUUUAAAGCAUUAAUAAUUAGUUUAAUUUUAACAUUAUUCUCAAUAUUUAAUAUUCCAGUCUUUUGGCCGAUACUAUUAGUGUAUUUCUGUUUUUUGUUUCUAUUUACCAUGAGACAGCGUAUAUCACAUAUGAUACAACAUCGCUAUGUUCCAUUUACAUAUGGAAAAAUUAGAUAUACUGGAAAGAAUACCGGACAACAGCCAACAAAAUUUUCAACAAACUGA